CUGCCAGCCCCGCCCACCGCGGGAGGCGCGCACUGCAAACGGCUUCCCCGCACGGUGCCGGGCGUUGCCCCGCUAUGGACCGUGCGUGCACCGGGAGCCCAGUGGGCACCGCGGGCCCCGUGGAACCUUCCAAGGGCCCCGAGCGGGACCCGCCCACCCACUUCCGGGAGCCUCCGGACCCGAGUAGCCAGCCGGUCUUCCGGUCGCCCUUACCGCCCAUCAAAACUUCGGGAGAGACUCUGACGUCGCCUGACGCAGCUCCGCUCACAGCCGCCACCUGCCAAAUGCCGCCCAACAUCUCCACCACGCGAAUUCUCACCAUCAAUGACUUUGAAAUCGGGCGUCCUCUGGGCAAGGGGAAAUUUGGGAACGUGUACCUGGCCAGGCUCAAGGAAAGCCAUUUCAUUGUGGCCCUGAAGGUCCUCUUCAAGUCCCAGUUAGAGAAGGAGGGAUUGGAGCACCAGCUUCGCAGGGAAAUCGAGAUCCAGGCGCACCUACAUCACCCUAAUAUCCUUCAUCUGUACAACUACUUCCAUGAUGCGCGUCGGGUGUACCUAAUCCUGGAAUAUGCUCCAAGGGGUGAGCUUUAUAAGGAGCUACAAAGAAACCACACACUGGAUGAGCAGCGCACAGCCACGAUCAUGGAGGAGCUAGCAGAUGCUCUGAACUAUUGCCAUCAGAAGAAGGUGAUUCACAGGGAUAUCAAGCCGGAGAACCUCCUGCUAGGGCUCCGGGGUGAGGUGAAGAUUGCGGAUUUCGGCUGGUCUGUGCAUACCCCUUCUCUCAGGAGAAAGACGAUGUGUGGGACUCUGGACUACUUGCCUCCAGAAAUGAUCGAGGGGAGGAGCUAUGAUGAGAAGGUGGAUCUCUGGUGCAUCGGGGUGCUCUGCUAUGAGCUGCUGGUGGGAAACCCACCCUUCGAGAGUGCCACUCACAAUGAGACCUACAGACGCAUUGUCAAGGUAGAUGUGAGGUUUCCUCCGUCAGUGCCUGUGGGGGCUCAGGACUUGAUCUCCAAGCUUCUUAGGUACCAUCCCUCGGAGCGGCUGACCUUGGCCCAGAUCCUGAAGCACCCCUGGGUGCAAACCCACUCCCGGAGGGUCCUGCCUCCCAGUGGUCAGCCAGCUUCCUGAGCCCCACCCGCCUCCGUUCUGUUGGUUUAGGGAGCUCUCUGGGCUCUGUUACCUCAUCUGUUCCUUCUGUUUUGUUUCCUUUAAAGAUGUGAGUUAAUAAAAACAAUCAUUUUAU